UAGAAGACUUGUUGAUUGUUUGUGUCACACAUCUACUCAUAAUCUACUUUGUGGUGUAGCGUUAUGAACCUAUUUGGUGUCCUCAAAUAUAAGAAGAUGGCAGAGGAUUUUCUCCAGAGUUCGGGCAUUCCAUUUACUAUUAUCAGACCUGGGAGGCUGACUGAUGGGCCAUACACGUCUUAUGAUCUUAAUACUCUGCUCAAGGCCACAGCAGAGCAACGGCGUGCUGUCCUUAUGGGUCAAGGAGAUAAACUGGUUGGAGAGGCCAGCAGAAUUGUUGUUGCUGAAGCUUGCAUACAAGCUCUGGAUGUAGAAUUCACUGAAGGCAAAGUAUAUGAAAUCAAUUCUGUUGAGGGUGAAGGUCCUGGAACUGAUGCUGCAAGGUGGCAAGAACUAUUCAAAGCUGCAGAGUCCCACUAACUACAAAUACAUGGUUUGUGUGUGUAUGUGUAACAUGGAAACUGACAAUUAGGCAUCUUAAAUUACUGUUGUAAAGUGUAGUAUUCUAAUC